AUGGCUGUCAAUGCAAUCCAGAAUGACCCUGCCGUGACCUCGAAUCCCGAGACCUUUGACGGUUUCCGUUACUACGAGCUUCGUCAACGUGAGGGUGAAGAAAACCUCCAUCAGUUUGCCACAACCGAAAACCGCAUUCUAAACUUUGGGCACGGGCCAAAUGCCUGCCCUGGCCGUUUCUUUGCAAGCAUCGAGAUCAAGAUUAUUCUUGUGCGGUUACUGAUGGACUACGAGUUUCGGUUCAAGCCCGGCCAGAAGCGCCCGCGGAAUAUGUACGCGCACGAAUUUGUCUUCCCGAACCCCAGCACUGAGAUUUUGGUCCGUCAACGUCCUGCUUCUGAGAGACUAAAGACAUGA